AUGUCAAGUCCAAAGAAAGUUUGCAUCAUCGGCUCUGGGAACUGGGGUUCUGCUAUUGCGAAGAUAGUUGGCUCAAAUACAAAGAAUAACUCAAAGUUUGACUCUACGGUUAACAUGUGGGUGUUUGAAGAGACAGUGAAUGGACGCAAACUUACAGAGAUCAUAAACACAGACCAUGAGAAUGUCAAGUACUUGCUUGGACACAAGCUUCCGGAGAAUGUCGUGGCCGUGCCAGAUCUGGUUGAAGCUGCCAAGAGUGCUGACAUUCUGCUCUUUGUGAUUCCACAUCAGUUCAUCGGUCGCAUUUGUUAUACAAUGAAGGGCAAAAUCAAGCAAGAUGCACUUGGAAUGUCACUUAUCAAGGUCCCGUAUACUCAUGAGUACAUUCGGUACACUAAAGAUGGGGUAGAUGAAGGACCUGACGGACUGAAGCAUAUCUCCGAGGUGAUUCACGAGAAGCUCGGCAUCAAUAUGAGUGUGUUGAUGGGAGUAAAUAUUGCCAGUGAGGUGGCAGAUGAUACAUUUUGUGAGACCACCAUUGGCUGCAGGGAUCAAAUUCAGGGUGUGUUGCAGACAGAUCAAUUCCGGGUCACAGUUGUACAGGAAGCAGAUGUGGUGGAGAUUUGUGGUGCUCUGAAGAAUAUAGUGGCAGUAGGAGCAGGUUUCUGUGAUGGACUAGGGUUUGGUGACAAUACCAAGGCUGCAGUGAUCAGAUUGGGUCUGAUAGAGAUGAUUAGCUUUGUUCUGCACUGCCGGCUCGGUCUCCCCUGCAACCUUCCUAGAGAGCUGCGGCGUCGCUGA